GCCCUGGCCUCGGGAGGCAGCCUCGGGAUGCAGCCCCUGCGGAGCUCACUCGGUCGCCGGAGCCGCACGUCCCUGUGCUCUCCCCGCCUCUCCGCCGCGGGCCCGCGCCGCCAUGGCUCAAGCGGACAUUGCACUGAUCGGACUGGCCGUCAUGGGCCAGAACCUCAUUCUGAACAUGAACGACCACGGCUUUGUGGUGUGUGCGUUUAACAGGACGGUCUCCAAGGUGGAUGACUUCCUGGCCAAAGAGGCGAAGGGAACCAAGGUGAUCGGCGCGCACUCCCUGGAGGAGAUGGUGUCCAAACUGAAGAAGCCGCGGCGGGUCCUGAUGCUGGUGAAGGCCGGCCUGGCGGUGGACGACUUCAUUGAGAAACUGGUCCCGCUGUUGGACCCUGGUGACAUCAUCAUCGACGGGGGGAACUCCGAAUACAGGGACACCACGAGGCGAUGCCAACAGCUCAAGGCCAAGGGGAUCCUGUUUGUGGGGAGCGGCGUCAGUGGCGGAGAGGACGGCGCCCGGCACGGCCCCUCGCUCAUGCCCGGAGGGAACAAAGACGCCUGGCCCCACAUCAAGACCAUCUUCCAGGGCAUCGCCGCCAAAGUGGGAACCGGAGAGCCCUGCUGUGACUGGGUGGGAGAGGAGGGAGCUGGCCACUUUGUGAAGAUGGUGCACAACGGGAUCGAGUACGGGGACAUGCAGCUGAUCUGCGAGGCCUACCACCUGAUGAAGGACGUCCUGGGCAUGGAGCACAGCGAGAUGGCAGAGGCGUUUGAGAAGUGGAAUAAGACAGAGCUGGACUCGUUCCUGAUUGAAAUCACAGCCGACAUCCUCAAGUUCCGAGACAGCGACGGCACCCACCUGCUGCCCAAGAUCCGGGACAGCGCGGGGCAGAAGGGCACGGGGAAGUGGACCGCCAUCUCGGCGCUGGAGUACGGCGUGCCCGUCACCCUCAUCGGAGAAGCAGUCUUUGCCCGGUGCCUGUCCUCCCUGAAGGACGAGCGGGUUCAGGCCAGCAAAAAGCUGAAGGGCCCUCAGAAGACCCAGUUCAGCGGGGAUAAGGAGUCGUUCCUGGAGGACAUUCGGAAGGCCCUCUAUGCCUCCAAGAUCAUCUCUUACGCUCAAGGCUUCAUGCUGCUGAGACAGGCGGCCACCGAAUUCGGCUGGACCCUCAACUACGGCGGCAUCGCCCUGAUGUGGAGGGGCGGCUGCAUCAUCCGCAGCGUGUUCCUGGGAAAGAUAAAAGAGGCGUUUGACCGGCACCCGGGACUCCAGAACCUGCUGCUGGACGACUUCUUCCAGUCAGCCGUGGAGCGCUGCCAGGACUCCUGGCGGCGGGCCAUCAGCACCGGGGUCCAGGCUGGCAUCCCCUUGCCCUGCUUCACCACCGCGCUCUCCUUCUACGACGGCUACAGACACGACACGCUGCCGGCCAACCUGAUCCAGGCUCAGCGGGAUUACUUUGGGGCCCACACCUACGAACUCCGAGCCAGCCCGGGGAAGUUUAUCCACACCAACUGGACCGGCCAUGGCGGCAGCGUGUCCUCAUCUUCGUACAACGCCUAACCAGUCCCUUGCCACCCGACUCCCCAGUCAGGCACAUUCCAUUCGCCUCAACACUGCUUCCGCUCCGAUCUUCUAAUAAAGUGUCGUACGAGGCUCCUGAAAGGGAACCACCCGCUCCCGGUGGGUAGUUCUGUGGGAACAGCCGCGCCCCUGCUCCUGCCCCUGCCCUCUGGGCUGACGGGUUGCCACGUGCUUGGCCGGAGGAGCCAGCCCCUUGAUGCCGUCACUGUCCACGUGGUCCACACGAGGCCCGACUGUGCCCUGCCAGGUCACAGAAGGGAAGAGGCCUGUGGGGUCUGCUGGGACCUUUGUAUCAUGCAGCUGAGCUCCCUUCCCCCCUUAAUAAAGCUCUUCUUUCUC